CUCCAAUACUCCUCUACUUCUCAGUUCCCUAAUCCUGUGGUAGCCACACCACCAGCCAUGGCAACACCCCUUCCUGUACCACUUGCAAAACCCAGCCCAACCCCCACCUGGUGGCCUCUUGGGUGGGGCUGGGCUGUCUGUGUAGUCCUGGGUCUGUAGACCUGGAGUAAACAGGUUUCUACAUGGUGUUGUGCAGAGGGGUAUGAGCAGAGGGGGACCUCAGCCAGGAGGUGCUGGAAUGAGUGACCCCCCGCCAAGGAACCAGUAGAACAGCUCCUCCAGCCAGAGGCGUCCCCUCUCCAGCUGAAGUCUGCAUGGUCCCUGCUGUGUGCCUUCAGACCACAGGGCCAUCCUAGCCACCCCCCCGACAUCACCCUUUGAAGUGCUUUCCAACCUGACCCCAGGAAGUUCUCCCUGUUUGCCUGUCUCCCCAGUGAGGUGUGACCUCAGGAGGCAUGGGGAGUCUAUCUGGCCAUUCUGUGUCCACUUCUGCAGGUGUCACUGAACUGCCCUGGACCUGAAAAGUCCCAUAUGGCCAUGGGGGGUGGGUUAUGGGCCAGUGUGGACAGGUGGGGCAGGGGACUGUGGAUAAAGGGGUGUGGAUCUGCACCUGUAGGCAGCAUUACUGUGGGUGCCGUGAGUUCUGGUCCCUCAAUGGGGGGUGGGAGGUGGAAGCAAGGUGGAGGGCUCAGCUGGCCCUGUAGAACCCCCAAAGCAGGGCUGGGGACAGCCCCAAGGAGCAGCCUAGGCAGCCUCCUGCUGGCCCAGACCUUACUGCGGGAAGAGCAGGAUACAGGAUGUAGCUGAAAGCUUCCUUGAGUGCUGGAUGUGAGUGGGCCCAGGAGACCAGACUGCUGGGAGCCAUUGGGGAGAUAGUCAAGGCUGCCAGGUUGGGCAAGUCAGGUGUGCACCACCCUGGCCCAGUUCCUGUGCCCUUCCAUGAGAAGGGCCUAUUGGCUGGGGAAGGCAGGGGCGGGGCCAGGGAGUCCAGGGGCUGGGCCUGAACCAAGGAGCCAGAGUGCUAGGAGGAGCCCUCAGACCUGAUACUGGACCAUGUGUGGCUGGGGGCCUUGGUUGCUCCCCUGGCUGUGCCUACAGGCCACGGCCCUGGCUGCACCCCGGCUCCCCACACAGCCUUACCAGGUGGUGUGGCCCCAGCGCCUGCCAGGAUCUCGUGCCCGCCGAGCCCUUCCUUCCAACUCAGGUCAGUACCCAGAGGAUGUGAGCUACGUGCUGCAGGCCAGGGGCCUCAGCUUCACACUGCACCUUCGCAAGAAUAGGGACUUACUGAGCCCAGGUUACACAGAGACCUACACAGGCGCUGAUGGUGUGGAGGUGACAGAGCAGCUCCAGCAGGACCACUGCCUCUACCAGGGCCAUGUGGAGGGUCAGCCAGUCUCAGCUGCCAGCCUCAGUACCUGCAACGGCCUCAGGGGUUUUUUCCGGGUUGGCUCUGCUGUGCACCUGAUCGAGCCCUUGGAUGGAGCUGAGGACGGGCGGCAUGCCCUGUACCUAGCCGAGCACCUGCUGCCCACAACUGGAACUUGCGGGGUCAGCAACAGCAGCCUGGAUAGCCUACAGGGGCCCCGGGUCUCAGCAGCCUUUAGACCCAGGAACUGGCCGCUGGCCCGGGAGACCCGCUACGUGGAGCUCUACGUGGUCACAGAUACUGCAGAGUUCCGAAAGUGGGGGAGCAGAAAGGCCGUGCAGAAGCGGGUGCUGGAAGCAGUGAACCAUGUGGACCAGCUGUACCAGGCGCUGAACAUGCGAGUAGUGCUGGUCGGCCUGGAGAUGUGGGAUCGCCUGGACGCCUUCCAUGUCAGCCCCGAGGCCGAACGCACACUAGAUGCCCUCCUGGGCUGGCGAGCGCACCACCUGCUGGGAAAGCAGCCUCACGACAAUGUGCAGCUCAUCACGGGCGUGGACUUCAGCGGGACCACCGUGGGGCUGGCCAAGGUGUCAGCCAUGUGUUCCCGGAGCUCGGGGGCUGUGAAUCAGGAUCACAGCCCAAACCCGCUGGGUGUGGCAUCUACCAUGGCUCAUGAGCUGGGUCACAACCUGGGCAUGGACCACGAUGAGAAUGUACAGGGCUGUCACUGCCCAGCACCCAGUGGGACCGGUGGCUGUAUCAUGGCCUCCAGCAUCAGUUCCAGGUUUCCACGGAUGUUCAGCGGCUGCAGCCGUACCCAUCUGGAGACCUUCCUGGAUGGGCCCCAGACGGACUGUCUGGCCAAUGUUCCCGACCCCCGCCGGCUGGUGGGUGGCCCCACAUGUGGGAACCACUUUGUGGAACCAGGGGAGCAGUGUGACUGUGGCCCCGCACAGGCCUGCAGGAACCCCUGCUGCAAUGCCACCACCUGCCAAUUGGCUGAAGGAGCCGUCUGUGCCCAUGGUGCCUGCUGCCAUGCCUGCCAGGUGCGACCAGCUGGUGAGCUCUGCCGCCCAGCCAAAGAUGCCUGUGACCUGGAAGAGCUUUGUGAUGGCCAGGAGCACGAGUGUCCAGAGGAUUCAUUCCGGGAAAAUGGCACGCCCUGUCCAGAGGGCUUCUGCUACAAGGGGACCUGCCCCUCAUUAACCCAGCGCUGUCAGGAGCUAUGGGGGCCAGGUGCACGGGUGGCCAUGAACACCUGCUUCACCUACAGCAUCUCCCCCAGCUGCCAGGGUAGCAUCCCAAUCGGCUUGGGCAGGGCUGACAGGUGUGGCAUCCUGUUCUGCGAGGGGGGUCUGGAGCCCCCACUGCGCAGGUACUGCACCAUUACAUCCAGUGUGGCCACCUGCCAGGCCCUGUUCACGGACAGCAACAUGGCCUUUGAGGCUGUGCCCUCUGGCACCAAAUGUGGCCCCAGCCAGGUCUGCUGGGAUGGACGCUGCCAGGGUCUCGAUGUCUAUAGAUCCAGGAACUGUUCUGCCAAGUGCCAUGGCCACGGGGUCUGCAACCACAAGAGGGAAUGCCACUGUCUGGCAGGCUGGGCCCCACCCUACUGUGCAGAGCGGCUGGCUCCUGGGCCUGUAGCCCCCAGUAGGCUCCCGUUCGGCGGCCUGGUGGCUGUGGUGGUCCUGGCAGUUGUGCUGGUCGCCGUGGCAGCUGCUAUCAUCUACCGCAAGGCUCAGAGUUGUGGCCAUGGGAGGAGCCCAGCAUCCAAGGCCUCCAUGGGGAUGCCCAACCCACUCUUCCGCCUGGGGGGUGAGGCCUUGGCCCCUACCCCGCACCUUCCAGCCUCUCCCAACCUCCCCAGCCGACUGCCUAGCCCCUCAUCUUCCACUGGAACCCCAGCAAAGACAACUAUCUCCUAUGAGCUCAGACCUGCUCCACCCGCCAAGCCCCUUGUGAAGCCCAGGCAGGUCAUCAAGCCAAGCUCUGCACCCCCAGUGCCCCCGGCCAAGCCCAGGCCUGGAGCUGCUGACCCAGCCGUGACCCAGGACUGCUGGCCUGCCAGUUGCCCCAAAGCCGCCUGGGCAGAGGUGGUGAGGAAGAGCCCACAAGAGUCACACGCCAUGUAUCUCAACCCUCAGCUCAGCCGCCCACAGGACAUCAGGGCUGAGGACCCAGCCCCCACCCAGCUGAGCCCCGGGCAUCCCUCUGAAGGGUGGUAUGCCACAGCUUGGGGAGGAUGUCCAUGGCUUGGGUCCAGUUCUGUCCAGCUCUCCUGAACCUCGGGUGAGGGCCCAGCAGGGCUGGGCACCUGCAUACCUUGGCUUGAAUUGCCCUUCUGGGCCAGUUUCCUGCUGAUGGCCCAGAAGACAGCCUGACACCCAAGGGCCUGGGCCCCUGCAUACACAUGGAAAACCUGGAUGGAGCCUGGUCCAGCUCUGGCAAUUGCGGCCAUCUGAGGAGUGAGCCAGCAGACAGAAGACUCUCUCUUGUCUCUGCUUUUACAGAAACAACUAAAGAUGAGAAUAUGUUAAAUCACAGGGCAGAUUUAAUUAAAAUGCUCAUUUUAUCAACAAA